UCGGGAAAAAUACCAUUAACAGAAGAUAACAUUCUUCUUAAUUUAUUAGUUGAAACAGUAGCAAAUAUUUCAUUAAAUAAUAUUGAAUUUGGUCGAUUGUCUAUUACGGGACUUCAAUGUCUUUUAUCCUGUACAUAUGAAAAAGAAAAACCAUUUGCAACCCCGGAAUAUGAAGUUUUUCGAUAUAGCGCUAUUCUUGUAGCAAAACAAGUUUCUAAUGAUGCACAUAAAAUUCUUAUGAGACAAUUACCAACAUUAGAACAAUUGGAAAACACAAAUUCAAUCAAGUUAGAAAAUGAAUUUACUGAUCGUCAAAAAGUUGCUAAAAGAUUGGAGCCUUUGAUUAAAUUUAUUGAAUUCAAUCAAAUUAAGGCUCGAAUAUUAAUUGAAAUCAUUGAACCAUUGGAAAUUAUCCCAUCUGAAAUAAUUGUAAGUGUUUAUCGACGUAAAGCAUUAUCAAAUGACUCUGAUUCAAAUGGAAUUCGAGGAAAACCACAAAAACCAAUUGAUUUUGCUGAAUCCAAUUAUGUUUGGGAUGAAUCAGCACGUGGGUCAAAACUUAUUAUUGAGGAUAAUGGAAAAGUUGUACGCGCCACAAACGAUCUUCGUGUACGGCAAAAUAUCAGAGCUAAAAUGAUACUUGAAAAUGAAGGUAUUUUUGAAUGGGAUGUUAUUAUUGAGAAAGAUUGUAGUGCUUCUUGGGUUGGAGUAUGUGCAUCAGAAAAUUUCAAUUAUGAAACCUGGGCAGGUGACCAACCUACUGGAUGGGUAUUAGGUUCCAAUG